CCGCUGAUCGGAAUUGUUCACUGCUGUGGAAAGUCCGCACCAAAGUCCGCCGCAAACCCCACCAGCUCUUGAAGGCAGUGAAAUUGAUAAAAAGCCCCGCGAGUUGAUGCAGUAUGUCGUUGCAAAUGCAGUACAAAUCUGAGUUAUUAUCAUUUCCGAAACAGUCAUGACGAUCCCAACCGAAGCCAAAGUAUUCAGGCGGACACACGGUGACCUCCCACGAACCGUCACGCAGGUCACUGAGCCUGUUCCCACCCCGGGCGAUCUUGGAGCGCACGAUGUCCUUGUAAAGAUUCACGCCGUAUCGCUCAACUUCCGCGAUGUGGCCAUGUUAAAUGGCAGAUACCCUGUCGAGAUCGAGGAUGAGGGCAUACCAUGUUCCGACUGCGCCGCCGAGGUUGUUGCUAUCGGUUCCUCUGUUGGCGACUUCGCCAUUGGAGAUAAGGUGGCGCCCAUCUUUGACAUCAACAACUUUACAGGCCUGGAAGAGGAUGAGAACUGCGCGCUUGGAGGCUCUACGGCCGGCGUCUUACGGGAAUAUGCGGUCUACGAGGAUAGAGUGCUUGUUCAUCUUCCGAAGCAUCUAUCCUGGGAAGAGGCUGCCACCCUCACAUGCGCCGGCGUAACGGCAUGGUCGUCUCUUAAUGGCCUUGAAACAAGCCGAAAGGAUCCCGUCGCUCUGAUGCAAGGAACCGGAGGUGUUAGCCUGUUCGCGCUCUUGUUGUGCAUCGCCAACGGCUGGAAGGCUAUUGUCACGUCUUCGUCAGAUGAAAAGCUUGAGGCCAUCAAGAAGAUGGGAUCCGAUGUCCACGGCAUCAACUACAAGACGACCUCCAGCCAGAAAGAGGACAUUCUCCGCAUCACCAAUGGGAAAGGUGUCGAUGUCGUGGUUAACAAUACAGGUCCGUCGUCCAUACCCGACGACAUCAGUUUCCUACGAUCGAAAGGUGGCACCGUCUCUCUCGUGGGGUUCUUGGCUGGGUUUGGGCAAGGAUGGGAGCCAAGUGCCCUGCUUGCCUUGAUGGGAAAACUAGCCAAGGUGCAGCUACUGACCCUAAUCAUCACGACGUCGCCUACUCCGUCAGCUCCCACGACAGAUCUCCUAUCGGCCGUGAUCGCCUCCUUCCGCGCUCACUGCACGGCUUUGCUCAAUUGCCCCGUCAUUGUCGUAUUCGAUACGUACGACCAUGUCGUCGAACGAGCCCGCCUGAAGAAAGGUCAGGUCACUCCCGAAGGCGCACGGGUGUACGACGCCUACAAGGAAAAUGUGAAGGCUCUUGUCACGCGCGAGUUUCUGAGCCAGACGCUGCCCAGCUUGCCCUCCCUCGAUUGGGAGGUCCGUCGUGCACGAGCAGAAUAUGGGUCGCCCGGCGGGCGCUCCAGCGGCCAUUUGGUUGACAUGAACAUCCACUGCACCAGGGACCGACGCAUCACCUUCAUGGAGCCCGAAAAGAGACUCGGUUUCGGCCUGGCUGUGCGUUCAGCCCUCCGCGAAGCCGACACACCGUAUGUCUGGAUUCACCAGCACGACUGGGCGCUCGACUCGCACAUUCCCAUUGCGAAUCUCCUCGACGCCAUGCAGGCUUCCACGUCAAGCACGACAGCUCCAAUCCGCUAUGUCUGUUUGCCGUCGCCACGGACGGUCGAAUACGAGGCUUCGAUGCAUGUCGCCCGGUUCCCCGUCCUGCGAGACCUGUCAGCCGCUCUAACGGGAAGGUACCCGGCGCCAACAACUGGAGAAGUCGUGCCACUGACGCCCUUGUACUUCUGGCACGACAAGCCACAUGUCGUGGAGAGGAGGCAUUAUCUCGAGAGAGUAUUCCCGAGCCAACUGGCCAUUGGGAGGGGCAUGUUCAUCGAGGACUCUAUCGGCCAACGCGCAAGGAACGGUAUGAAAGAGGGGCAGUGGGCGCGAUGGGCCUGUUGGCUUUUUGCACCAGGUGAUGGAAAACAGGUUUGCGUAAGGCAUCUCCAUGGCAGGGUAUGGAAAGGAGAAGAGGACCGAAGGGAGAAUGAAAAGAGGUGGGAUGCGUUGAAGAGCGGGAAGCUGGAGAAGGUUGCGAACGAGGAACCAUACCAAGAUGAAAAGGAGUGGAACGCGUAA